AUGCACGACAGUUCCGACGACGAAAUGCCCGUCCCCAUGAAACUCAGCGCCCUCACAAAGGCAUUGUUGGACGACGGCGCACCUGCCGUACCUCCGCCGGCACCCCGGACUCGACAGGCCUCCAAUCCCCCGGCGUCUCCUCCUAGGACAAGGAGACGCAGCGCACUCUCAUCUUCGACUUCAAGUGCCCAGGAGGAAAGCAGGAGGCAGUUGCGAUCUGGAAGUUCCCAGCCAUAUUACGAAACAAACGGAAGAUCGUCUCGCGUGACCUCGCCCGCGAAAAGCCGGGAGAGUAGUCCCGUUAGGAAGCGUGUAGUCCGGUUAAGCACAACCCCCAAGAGUCUGAGCCAAAUGAAGCGGAGGUCAACGUCGUCGCAGUCGCGGCCGUCUCUGCAGAGGAAACCGUCUACGGGCGGCCGACCUCCUAGUCGGGAUAAGUCCUCAUCCUCGGAUAUCAACAAGACUGCGCCUGCUCCCCCUCCUGUGGCCGCCGCCCCUCCCGCGGAUAUCAACACUCCAGCACAGCAACCUCGCGUCGUCAGGAUCGCGAGUGGUUCCUCGGCUGUUAGAGGCAGGUCCGCCACAUCGUCGGCAGUGUCCUCAGUCAAGUCUACGUCAGCAUCCCAGACGGAGGCCGAGGGACCAGAAGAACCCGGCACGGCCGCGCGGAAUUCUGGUCACCUGGGGAGUGUUUCUCGAGCAGGCAAUAUCGGCCGCCUUGAGGAUAACCUAGCCCUCCAGAGCUCUAUGCGCAUCAAGCGUGUCGGCAAGGUUCCAGGUAGCUUCCUCAGCGGACCCGCUCGAAGGGGCCGGAGACGCCAGAGCGAGGAGGAUGUCGAAGGGAAUGGAGAGGGUGAGCCCAUGAGCUCCAGCCAGGAGCCGGAGAGCCAAAAGGCAGAACCUACCCCUGGUACCGGUAUUGGAGAUGGACUCGGAACUUCGUUCUAUUCGAGUCAUAAGUAUACCGACUUUGCAUCUGGAAGUCCUGUUAGCUCCAAAGAUCUCCACCGCCGCCACGCAUCCCUCGCCGAUAUGCGCAUGGCAUCUUCUGCUAGGCCAUCCCCGAUGGCGAGCGAGCCCGAGCCCGAACCCGAACCAGCACGCCAAGCCGCUGCUCGGCAGCAACCGCCCGCUAUUCCAUCCACUCAUGACCAAGAGAAUGAAGUCCCUCUGAGCAUUCGACAAUCGAAACCGCUUCCGCUCUCCACGGACAUCCUCGCGGACAAACUUGCCAAGCGCCCCGCCAGCACCGACCUCGGCGCAUCUAGAGCGACCGCGUCACCCGAGAGGAAGCCCCUAUCAUCGAUUAACCACAACACACCCCAUCGCCCAGCGCCCCCUCCCCCCAAGAUGUCCGUUGUCGACGUCGCUACUUCCUCCGCUGGAGCGGUGACGACUCAAGUGAAACAGAGACGAAACAUCAUCAGAGUAAACGGCAAGUGUUAUACGAGACUCGACGUCCUCGGACGUGGUGGCAGCGCAAAGGUGUACAGGGUUACGGCCGAAAACGGAAGGAUGUGGGCGCUUAAACGGGUGUCGCUAGAGCAUGCCGAUGAGCUUACGAUUAAGGGCUUCAAGAGUGAGAUUGAUCUGUUGACCAAGCUCGCCAAGGUUGAGAGGGUUAUCAAUCUCCUGGACUACGAGAUGAACGAUGAAAAGAAAGUUCUUACUCUGGUGAUGGAGCUUGGCGAGGUUGAUUUCAACCAGUUCCUGAAGACCAGGCAACCUCCAGAUACCGGCCGAUUCGACCCCGUAUUCGUGCGGUAUUAUUGGAAAGAAAUGCUUGAAUGCCUUCUGGGUGUUCACGAAAAUGAUGUUGUGCAUUCAGACCUAAAGCCCCAGAACUUCGUCCUCGUGCAAGGUCGGUUAAAGCUCAUCGACUUUGGCAUCGCCAACGCUAUCCAAACAAACGAGACGGUCCACGUCCACCGAGAAACGCAAAUCGGCACGCCAAAUUACAUGUCGCCCGAGUCGCUGAUGGAUCACAACGCCAUGCGCGGCGUCAGGAUUCCCGGCCAGCCCAAGCUUAUGAAACUGGGUAAGGCCAGCGACGUGUGGUCCCUCGGCUGCAUCCUCUACCAGAUGGUUUACGGGCUCGCCCCCUUCGCGCACAUCGCCAACCCGAUGGCCAGGUGUCAGGCUAUCAUUAACUGGGAUUACGCCAUCGACUUUCCCGGUCGCGGUAUGGGGGGCGUGCCCGUGCCUCCUUCCCUCAUCCGCACGAUGAAGCGUUGCUUGAGUAGAGAACCGCACCUUCGACCGACGUGCGAGGAGCUUCUGCACGUGACGGAUCCGUUCCUUUAUCCGGGCGAGCUACACGAGAGAGCGCUCCCCAUCGACGAAGAGCUCCUUGGUAGGAUCAUCCAGAGCGUCGUAUCGCGGUGUCGCGACCGGAUGCCCACGGAGGCGGAGACCAUGUCGGUAUGGCCCGCAGCUUACUGGGCCAGCGUGAAGAAGGCGAUGAAUGCACAUCGGACAUGA